AUGGAAAUUGAAGAGCUUAUUCUGCAUAGAAAACAAACAUCGCAUUCUGAAGAUACCGAACUGAUUGAAACAAUAGAAGAAACCGCUUUUUCGCUUCUUGACAAAGGAAACUGAAAGAAAGCUCUCGAACUGACAGAAAAAGCAACCCAUAUAAAUGGUCCUGUAAAAGGUCAAAACGACCCAAAAACUGAAGAAUUCGUAUCCACCAUGCUUAAAAAAAUCUGCGGAAUCGCAAUCGAAAGGAUCGAAAAAAACGACGCAGCAUCUGCCUUGACUCUUUUGGAAAGGCUUGAAACAAUAACACUGAAAUUUCACAGCUCGCAACUCACAGCUGAUAAAUGUGAAAUUUUUAAUAAUAUAGCUUGUGCCUAUCGAAAAAUCAAUAAACUGCAUACAGCUAAGCGGUACCUAGAGAAGGCUUUACUGCUUACCAUGAAUGAUCAUGAGGACAGAAUUGACAAAUCCACGACCUAUUUGAAUAUGUGCGCUGUAUUAUCCAAUUUGCAUAAGCAUAGCCAAGCUAUUCGGUAUGCGAGACAGGCAAUGCAGUUCGCUCAAGAAGAGCUGCUAAAUGCGAAACUUGAUGAAAAGCAAGAAGUGAUGAACCAUAAAAUUGCUGUGCUGGGAAUUGCUUAUAACAAUUUAGGGGUUGAAGAAGAGUUUUUGGGGAAUAAACAAAAUGCUAUUGAGGGUGAAGGUCAAAAUGAUAGUGCAUUUUUGUAGUGUGCAUUUCACCCAAGUAAUUUUGGUCGAAAAUUGGUUGAAACAUUUUAAUAGUGGGACAUUUGACUGACAAAAACCGUUAAAAUUUCGACCAAAUGUCAUGCUAUUUAAAAAUUUUCGACCAAAUGCAUUUCGAUGAAAUGGACACUGUCAAAAAUCUACUGUCAUUUGAUAUGAGCCGCUAUUGAAUGGUAUAGAAAAGCUGUGAAUUUUAUGAUGAAAAAUUCGAAUGCACAGCAGGAACAUUUGUUGGAAAAUUUCAGACAGUGCUAUGAAGAAGCUGUUAAAAAAGGAGAAGGGAAAAAGACUGUGAAACUUAAAAGACCAAUGUCAGCUAUUAUAAAUAAACAAAGCCAAUUAAGUAUUUCAAGCAAAAGCAAUAGUUCGAAGGUGAAUUCAAGACCAAACGGGAAUAAAAGAAAAUAUGAGAGCACGCCAAUGUCACCUUCCUUGGAAGGAGGAUUUAAUACAAGGUAUCCUUUGGAAGGGAAGCCUAUCACUUUUGACGAUAUUAGGGUAAAAACAAGGAAAAUAGCAUCUGCUAACUCCCCCCCUCCGUGGGUGAACAAAAAAAUUUUGUUCACUCACGGAGGGGGGUUAAUUUUUGUUUUUUAAAACAAUUUAUAUUUAAAUUUUAUAAAAAAUAUUUUUUUUCGAAAUUUAAAAAAAUCCUAAUUCACAAAAAUUGGAAAGCAAAUAUUAAUUUAAUUUAUAAAAUUUAUGUUUUAAAAAGCAAUUCGUUUAAAAUUAAACAGAAUUAGCUCUAGAUUUCAUUAUACUAAUUAUCAUUUAUAUAUCAAAAUUUUUUUCCAUAAAAAAUUUUUCUAUUUAAAAAAUUUUUGUUCACUCACAGAGGGUGGGUUUUUGGGCAAAAAAUAGCGAUUUUUCUAAUGGUUUUGUUCACUCACGGAGGGGGGGGUGUAAGCAAAAAAUGCAUUAUAAGCUUUAUGCAGGGUCAGAGGCAAGCAGAGAUAGUGAUACAGAAGAAGAUAUCAAAGAUUUAGAUGAUCUUGGACUUCUUACUCCCUUUAUUUUGCUAGAAACCAAAAUUAUUGGAAAAAUAUUUUUACAAGAAUUUUUUAUCGUGAUAUAUAUUAAUGAUUAUAAUAAUACCAUCCUAAAUUAUAUAACUAGAUUUUCAAUUCAAGACUUUACAAGUUUGGAUUUUAGAACUAAAAUUAUAUAGAGAAUCUUGUGUAAAUUUUAAAAAACUAAACCUUAAAGUUUGCUCGCUACCCAAGGGGGUGAGCUAGUGAUUUAGAAGAAUCUGAGAAAAUUGACAAAACAUCUAAUAAAAGGGUUGCUUGAAGUGCUGCAAAAGAUAGACCUCCAAUUCAUCCAAAUAUCAAUUCUAAACCAAUAUUUUCUAUCAGAUCAAUAGCUUCAGCACGCAGGCAGCCAAAAAAUUUAAGCAGUACUGAUAAAAAAUCCUCAACUUCCAAACUUCUUCCUCUUGAAAUUAUGGAAACCCCAAAUAAAGGUACAGAAAUCGUGAGUCAGCCAAUUUUUCAUUUUAUCGACUACAAUGACCCUAAAACCUUAAUAAUCCCUAAAAAAAAAGAAGAAAUCAAAGUCGAACCCGAACCAAAAAUUGAGGAAAUCCCAGAAACACCUAAAAGCAAACCCCAAACCCCAGAAAUAAUCACAAUUAUAAAAGAAGAAAAAAUAGUUGAAAAACCAAUGCCUGAAAUUAAGCUAACAAAAAAUGAAGAAAAAAAACCCUCGAAAAAUCUUAUUGAAAAAAUCGACAAAAACGUGACAAAGAAAAAAAAUGAAAUUGACAUGUCAAAGGCGCUUCCUUUUAUAAUAAAGCUACAAGCUAGAGUAAGAGCCAUGCAAGCUAGAGAAAAAUUUAAACUAAUGAAAAAUAAACCAAAUGUUGUGUAUAGAGCAGUAAAGUUUAUAAACCAGCAAGAAUUCAAAAUAAUUGUGUCAAAAAUGGGCUCGAAAACUUAUGUUACAGCUUAUAAUGGUGAAAAUACCUAUAAAAUGGAAACAAAUUCAGAUAUUGACCCUAAAGAUGUGCUGAAUUUAUUGAAUUUUGAUAGCAAAAAAGGAUUAAACUUAAAGCCAGUUUCAGUUGAGGAAGAUAAGAAAAUAUUGGUGAGGACAAGAAUUAUAAAUCUUGCAGGCGAGGAAUGCGAGGUUAAAUAUUUCACUGACCCAGAUGUGGAUACUUUACAAAUUAAGCUUAGAAAAUUAUCAAAUAACAGGAUUUACACUUAUUUUAUUAAGAAUCUUGCAUUACACUCUCAGUCUUUGCUUAUUCAGCAGAUAAACGAGGUCAUUCAGCCGAAUCUUGCAAUUAUUGACCAAUAUUUGACUGUUUUGGGGGCUGAAAAUCUUAUUGCGAAUCCAAAAGUUUUGGAAUCUCCUCAUGUGGUUCAAAAACCUGAGCCUAAACCUAUCAUUUCAGCUUAUCAUGGAAGAGAAAGCAAUAGAAAAGAUUCUGCAAGCUCUAGCAAUGAGCCUAAUUUAGAAGAAUCCAGCAAAAAUACCAGCCAAAUAUCAAGCUCUUCAAAUAACCAGUCUAUAGAGCGAGCUACUGCAGGACUUUCAAUAAAGAUUAUUGAAUCCAAAGGACCAGCAGUUCCAAUAGAGCCUGAAAACCAAAAUUCUUCAUCAUUGGAAAUAAAUCCUGCCCAGAAAUUAAAAUUUAUACUAGAAAGCAAUAAAUCCCAAAUAAAAAGUAUGAAAAACCCUUUCCAAACAGAAACAGUCAAAAAUGUCCCAAAACUUUCAAAAGUACCAGAAGAAGUGAAACCUCCAAAGCCAGCCUCUACAACUGAAAACCCAAAAUCAAAGAGAUACACACAGAAAGAAAUCCGUGCAGUAAUAGUAAUACAAAAAGUUUUCAGAGGGCAUAGAAUAAGGGAUAAGUUUAAUUUUAAUGAAAUUCUCUCGUAUAUUAAGUACCUUCUAAGUCUUCUUUACUUGAGGUUCAGCUACGAUAGCAGCUCUGAGCAACUGUAGGAGAACCUUCCUAACCGUCGAACUGCUCAACGAAUGCGAGCUAUACGCGGAAAUAAGGAGAAAGGCCCGGCGAAGGCUAAGGGAUGUAAUAGGGGAGGCCUCGGAAAGGCUAACGAUGCACACAUGGCUGAUUGCGGACGCCUCUGAGCUCAAGGGACUCGUAUGCGAGAAGGAUCUGGAUACUGUCGAUAGGGAGACAAAAAGGGCUCUGAUGGAAUUUGAUGAUCUCCUGCGAGGGAGCAGGCCGGACAGCAAACACAGAAGACUGGAGAGGGAAGAGCAGCUGGAGGACCUUGAAAAGGCCGGGAUUACGGAAGAGAUCGUGCAGGAAAUCGAGUGGCAAAUUGCUGAGAAGGAAAGGAAGGAACUUCUUAUGGAGGAGGAGGCUUGGCGCACGACAGCAAUGGUCAUUGAGUCGUCCGGUUGCUAAAGGACAGCUGGUCUCCCGGUGUAGCGACCGGCGAAAAGGCCGCCUCGAGGAGACGGGCUUGGUGCCCGAGGAAAACUGCCAGUGCUGGCUUUUUGGGGGGGUUCUAAAGUGACUGUCAUUAAUCUGGGGUCGCUACAGCAGGAGGUUUCAGCCAUUAAUCUGGGGUCGCUACAGCAGGAGGUUUCAGCCAUUUUUUGGGAGUUAGGGAGUUAGGGAGUUUCUGAGUUUUCUGGAGUUUCUGGAGUUUUGGGAGUUUUUGGAGUUUUAGGGGCUUUAGAAGUUCUGGACUUGUGCUGCUAUUGUGAUGUGGAGUUGCGCAGUGAUGCGGAAUGUGCUGAUGGUACGGUGGUGUUUGUGCUGAUGGUACGGUGGCGUUUGAGUGUUGGUGGUGUUUGUGUGGGUGGUGUUGUGUGCUGGUGCUCAUCUUUCUGAGCAAAUCUAAUAGGAUAGGGAUAGGUAAACGCUUUUUCUUCUUCUAACCGUCGAACCGUUAAAAUUAUCAAGCCCUUUCAGACUUCUCUGGUCAGUGCCAGCCUCAGCAUCAACUUCUUCUUUUAAAGUCGAUACUGCUCGGUAUAUGGGUUCAGCCUGGUGGAUCAGGACAAAGGACCCAUCCCUAACUGCCAUUUUAAAUAUUGUAAAUAAGAGAGAUAAGUUAAAAUUUGAAAAUCCUAAACAUUCUUUACUUGCUCAGAUAAAAAAAAGAUUGGGAAAAAAUAAAUAUACCAUUUCUAUAUAUAAACUGUCUGAUGGAGUUUUGAUUGAUGUUCAAAAUGUAGGCGGGAAUGAAAGGUAUUGAAAAGCCAUUAGAAAUCCGAAAGAAUAUGUCAAUAAUUUUAAUAGGUUUUCAGAUAUCAGACUGCUGAUGAAUAGAUUGGUAGAUAUUGAAGGAAAAAUCGCAAUUUUGAGAGCGCAUACUUCAAAAAGCCAGAUAAGAAUGCAGGAUUGUUCUUUUUUUGGGGAGGGAACUCAACAAGAUACUUUUAUUUCUCCUCGAGAUACGUCAAAUUGGCCUGCUUAUUUAACUCUUUCAUCGUAAAAAAUUCUCAUAAUAUUAUUGAGAUUUUUUUGAACAUGUAUUUUAAAGUAAAUUAAUAUUUAAAUAUAAAAAUAAUUAUUGAACAAGAUUUAAUCGAAAAUAAAUAGAGAGACUAAGAAAAACUAUUAAUGGGAAAGAAUAUGCCAUCCAAGCUGAUAUAAACAAGCAAAGAGGCUUAGAUAUUUCUUUUAUUCCUUUAUUUUCUGAAGGCAAGACUAUUUCAAAGACAUUUUCUGAAGUUGAUAUUAUUGAAGAACUUGGGGUAAAUGAGCCAAAGCAACUCAUUGAUUUGCUUACUUUAAGAAAUGGAAAAAUCGAAAUAAAAAGAAAAGAAUUCAGCCAGGCUAGCUCACCUAGCAAGUUAAGCAGCCUUUCUGCUGAAACAGGCAAAUAUCCUCUUUUAUACCAAACAUGCAGAUUUUAUGACUCGAAAAAUUAUUUAAUCUAAUUAGCAUAUAGGCUAGCCGGAGUUGUUACGCAGUCACAAAGGAUCCCUAGGCGUUCAUUUCUUUGUCGGGCACUUGAACGGCUGAGAUGAGAUUGCCUUGAACACCACUUGCUCUUUAUCAAAAGUGUUGUACGCUGAUGACCUCCUUCAGUGAUGAGUGGGCGGACUAUGGGCUUUGGGCGAUCUUCAUCGGGCUAUUGGACUAGCUGCAAUUCCUGGUAUCGAGGCAAAGCUAGCCUUAAGUCCCGAAUUUCUUCUUUCUACCACUGGAACUAAUUCAAAGCCUACUUAGAUAUACAUAAUCACAUAUCAGACCUGAAUCUCAGCUAGCCAUAAGAUUGAGAAAAUGCUCCAAGAUGUCGGGUACGCUUAGCCUCCAUUUUAUGUAUAUACUCGAAAAACUAUCAAAUAAAAAUAAUUUUGGUGCCAAAAAACCCAGGAAGACUGUCUAACGAUGAUGUCCUUUUCGUUAAUAUCAAAUCUGUUGCAUCUAAAGAAAGCGUUGCAAAACUACCAAUAGAAGCCAGCAAGGCUUGUGCUCUGACCGGUCUAUCCUUAAGAUCUCUUGACUUAGCCGCCGUAAACAUCUCAAAACACAUUAUCUACGACAACGGAAAAUUCAGCAUUGAUUUUUCUGCCAGACAGCGUGACCCAAUCCAAUCAUUAAUCACAAUUCAAGCCCUUGUUCGAGGCUUUUUAACAAGAAGGCUGCUAAAAAAACAAAACCUUUCAUCAAUAAGAAGUCCAAAAAAUGCUUCAAGUAAGCUGAAAAACCUUGAUUUAUCAAGCUUAAGUGUAGACAGUGAAGACUCAGAAACUGAAAAAGAAAACAGUUUUGUAAGAAAUUUUGGUGGAAAGAACUGGUAUUGGAGAGCAAGUCGUCCAAUUAGCAAUGAGGAAUGUAUCAUAACUAUUUAUGAAUCAAAAGAUAAAAUGGGAAUUGAAGCAGUGGUCUGUUCGACCUCAAAACGAUUAAUUUUGACAGUUGAAAAAUCAGUGGUUAAUGAUAUUGACCAAUUUGUCAGCCAUCUUGAGCUUUCGCCUGAUAAAAAGAGGCUGCUUCAUAGCUUAGAAAAAGCAGCUAAAGUGAUUUAUUCUGAUACUCGAUUUAUUUCGAAUAAGCUUGGGAAUCUUGAAAUUUAUGUAACAGAAAAAGGAUAUUUUGCGUCAUUUUUCUUGAUUAAAGAAGGGAAGUCUCUUACAUUAUUCUUACGCCACUCUAGCUAGCAAAGGAAAUCAGUUUUAAAUAUCAGAACUCAUGAGCAUUGAAAAAAAAUUAAUUAGGUUUUAGAAAUUCAGCCUUUUAAAAAUUAAUAGUGUAAAUAUUUAUUAUAAAUCGCUAAUUUCCAAUGGUUUUGCUGAUAAUCAAGGAUAAGUUAGGGGAAAAUGUGAGUCCUGAUGAGUCUGUUCGCAAAUUAAGAAUUGAAGAUAAAACGGGACAGGAUAUAUUAGUGAUUAGCAGUUAA